AUGCAUUUUGCUGAUGGUGCACCAUCCCGCUCCUUUCCAAACCCUACACUGAAUCUAGGAUACCCAGUGCCAUCAACUAAUACAGGAAAGAAACGGGCACCACCAAAACCACGGACACCUGUUACAGUCCGAGCAUCGAAGAGGCAGAAACUCAACAUCCAGAGCCCCAGCACAGAAGAUGCACAGAAUCGAGGCACAAGCAAGGAAGAUACCCCCAAAACCAGUGGAAGUGACCCUGGAAAUGACCCUGGAACUGAUCUGUCAGGCUCCGGAUCUGGACCAAGGUCCGACUACGAUGAGGGGGAAUUGGUGAAGUCCUGCGAUGAGGAUGCCCAAUCCUCCCACUCCCAGGACGCGGGGCAACGCGAGCCCUAUCCCCUGGAUCGUUUCCCGCAUCUGACCGCAUCGGCUGCCACCCGUUAA